GUGCCUCGUGCGGCGAUAGUUUCGAGUCGGAGCAGGCGUUGUUGCGUCAUCGUAAACUACACGCAGAUGCCCCCGUGCCGUGCCAUAUGUGUCCCGCGUGGUUCACAACCGCGCACUCGCGCGAGACGCAUUACCUGCGCGCGCACCUCGGCGCGUCCACGCCCCGCGCCGCCCCGGCGUCCACGCCCCGCCACCCCCGCCCCCGCCGCCCGCCCGGCAACAAACCCGCCAUGUGCGAGCUUUGCGGGAAGAAAUACCAUUCCGCAGCCGCCCUGUCGUACCACCAGCGCUCACACACGGGCGAGAAACCAUUCGCCUGCACGCGAUGCCCGAAAAGCUUCGCUCUCAACCACUCGCUGCAGGCGCACAUCCGCACGCACACAGGGGAGCGCCCGUACCGUUGCUCGCGGUGCCCGCGCGCGUUCCUCAACGCCAACAAUCUAGCACGACAUAAGAAAACUGUACACCUCGGGCAGAAGCAGUACUCUCGGUGCGCGGCGUGCGCGCGCCGGCUCGCGUCGCCGGCCGCCGCGCGCGCGCACGCCGCCGCCGCGCACGGCGCCGCCUAG